AUGAAUAAUAAUAAUAAUAAUAAUAAUAAUAAUAUUAAUAGUAGUAAUAAUAAUAUUUGGAAAAAAAAAAAAAACAACAACCCUAAUGACCAUAAUAAAAAUUUUACAAAAAAUCUAUUUUUUAAUAAUAAAGACAAUGAAUUCAAACAUGUUUACGAAAAAAAGAAUAUGCAAGGACAAAGGAAAAAAAAAAAUAAUGUUGCAUAUGAUACUUAUGAUAAUAAUGAUAUCCAUGCUUCAUCACAAUAUACUCCCUUUGUAAAUACAUUUUCUAAUAAAGAUGUUUAUAGUAAUAAUAACAAAUAUGUAGAUAACACGUUUAACAAAAAACCUUUCCAUAAUAAUACAGAUAAUAAAAACCAAGGUGUUCAUCAUAAUAUGUAUGUAACAAAUGAAUACAAUAAAAAUAAUUUUAGAAAUAAAGGUUUAAAUAAUAAUACAUAUGGUAAGGAUAAUACAUAUGGUAGGGAUAAUACAUAUGGUAAUAAUAAUACAUAUGGUAAGGAUAAUACAUAUGGUAAUAAUAAUACAUAUGGUAAGGAUAAUACAUAUGGUAAUAAUAAUACAUAUGGUAAGGAUAAUACAUAUGGUAAUAAUAAUACAUAUGGUAAGGAUAAUACAUAUGGUAAUAAUAAUACAUAUGGUAAUAAUAAUACAUAUGGUAAUAAUAAUACUUAUGGUAAGGAUAAUUUAUUUAAUAAUAAUCACAAUUUGCAUAAAAUUAAACCUACUAAUUCAAAUGUAUAUAAAAAAAGUACAAAUAAUUCAAAAAAAGGACCUUAUCAAAAUAUAUAUACUACUGAAGAUAAGAAUAAUAAAAAUUUAACAAAUUCAGAAGGCUCCAAUUUUAUAAAUACAGAUAAAAUUUAUAGUUCUAAUAUAAAUUAUAUGAAUAGUAUAAAUAAAAAUGACACAAGGAAUGUUUAUAAUUUGUAUAAGAAUCAUUAUAAUAAUAAAACGAAGGACAAUAAUUGUAAUAAAAGAAUUGCAGAUUAUUCAUAUGACAACAAUUAUGAUAAUAAUCUAGCGAUUUAUAAAUACCCAAAAUAUGUAUCUUCUACAAACAAUAAUAUAACUAACGAAGAUGCACAAAGUAAGAAACCAGAGUUAGAUAGUAAACAUUAUUUACAUAUAAAUGAAAAAAAUGAAAACAAUUAUCAAAAUAUACAAAAGAAUUUAAAUAAUACACAAACAUUAUAUAACAAUUAUAAAAAUGUCCCAUCCGAAAGGGAUCACAUACAUAAUAAUAAUAAUAAAAAUAAUGUUCAAGAUAUAUUAUCACAUUGUAUAAAUGUUCUAUUAAACGAUAAUACAGGAUUACAUGAUUUGAAAAUAUUUUAUGAAACAAAAUUAAGAGAAAGAAACAAUAACGAGCUGAUUAAAUAUGUAUUAAAUAAAAUAAACGAUAUAACUAUAAAAUAUAAAUACCAUGAAAAUAACAUUAAUUUUAUUGCUAAAGAAAUUUAUGAAUUGCAAAGGGAAUUGAAAAAUAAUAAUAAUGCUGUGAGUAAUUUUUCUACAUAUAAUAAAAAUGUAAGAGGUAAUGUAUAUCAAACAAAUAAAUAUAUAAACACAAAUGUGUAUAAUCAUGAAUUUAAUAAAAAUAAUGAAGAGGUCUACCAUCAAAAGGUACACAAUGAAGAGGUUUACGAUAAAGAGAUCUACCAUGAAGAGAUCUAUGAUAAAGAGAUCUACAAUAAAGAGAUCUACAAUAAAGAGAUCUACCAUGAAGAAGUGUACAACAAAAUAAUACAACACAAUUCAUACAAUAUUAACAAAAAUAAUGAUCAAUCUUUUAUAAAUUCCAAUGUAUACAAAGGAAAAGAUAAUGCCCUUGUGUCCAAUACAAAAACACAUCAAGGAUUAUACAAAUUACAAAAAAAUACACAAAAUGUAAAUCUCAUCGAAAAUAAAAUAAAUUGUGAUAUAAAAAGUCAAAAUAUACUUAUACAUAAAUAUUAUAAAAAACACGAAGAAUAUAAAAAAAAAUGGGAAGAUAUAAUUUACAAAUGUAAACAAACAAAUGUUCUAAAAAUAUUUUAUCAAGUUGAAGGAAAAAUAAAAGAUAAUAUAAAAAUUUUAGAUAUAUUCAAAUUAUAUCUAUUUCCUCAAAAUAAUUAUUUCCAUUAUAAAAAUGUUUUUUAUAAUAAUUAUAAAAUGAUUACAAUUCAUAACGUAAAAUUCUUGUUUUUACAAAAUUUAUUCACAUUUCAUAAAAAAAUCAAAAAUGAUUCUUUAAAAAAUACACAACCAGAAAAAGAUGCAGACCAAAUAAUAAAAAAUAAUUUAAAUAAAGAUAAAGAAAAUGAUCAGGAUGGUCAUACUAAUGGUGACAUUGAACAAAAUGAUAAACAUAACGGUAAACAGAACGCUAAACAGAACGAUAAACAUAACGAUAAACAGAACGAUAAACAGAACGAUAAACAGAAUCACAAACAGUACGACAAACAGAACGACAAACAGAACGAUAAACAAAACGAUAAACAGAACGAUAAACAGAACGAUAAACAGAACGAUAAACAGAAUCACAAACAGUACGACAAACAGAACGACAAACAGUACGACAAACAGAACGACAAACAGUACGACAAACAGAACGACAAACAGUACGACAAACAGAACGACAAACAGUACGAUGAUUUCAUAUCAAACAUUAGUUCCAUAUCGUUACCAUUACCCUUUGAAAAUUUUUUUCUCUUUUUUAAAAAUUUCUAUUCAAUUAAUAAUAAUUAUAUAAAUAACAUGUGCCUAUUUUUAAUAUACAAAAUAAUUAUAAUGAAUGAAGAUGAUGCGGAAUACCCAAAGUAUUAUAACUUAAUAUUAAAUAUAUUAAAUAAGAAUACAUUAAUAUUAUUUUUAUUUAUUUUAAUAAGUCUUAUGAAAAAUUAUAACAUGAAAAAUAAUUACCUUGUAAAUGUAAUAGAACGCUUAUUACCAAUUAUAAUAAAACCAAUCAAAAAUAAUAACACUAUAAAAAAGAAUAAGAAAAAAAAAAAAAAAAUUCUAUUCAAUAUUCUUUAUUUUAAAUUAUUCCGUUUAAUAUUUGACAAAAUCGAAACAUAUCAUAUAUAUAAAAAACAUCUAUUAUUAACCUUUUUAAGAUAUAUUAAAAAUUUUUUAUUAAAUAUAUGUUCAUGUGUUUUAAUAACACAAUAUAUAUUUAUUAAAUGUAUAGAUUUAAUUAAUAAAUAUAAUAAUCAAGAAUAUAUUUUAAUUAAAACAUUAUCGAUGGAAAUUUUCCUACAGUUAUGGAAUAACGAAUCUGUAAAAAUAUUUUUAUUAAAAAUUGGUAAAUCAUUAAUUCGUUUUUUAAUCUUUAUAGGUAAUGUUGAAUAUAUACAUAAAAAUAUACUUACCUUAUUAUUAUCUUCUAUAAAAAAUACUAAUCAAAUAGAUUUAAAACAAAAAUUAUCAAAUCUUAUAUGUAACAACAAAAACAAUAUUUUACAAAAAAAAAAAAUAAAACAUUAUAUAAAAAAAUUCCAAAAAUCAAAAAAAUGCAUCUUAUAUAUAUCAAACCAAAAAUUUACAUAUAAUAUAAAUUUAAAUAACAACAAUGUUUUUUCAAGAGAACAAUUAUUAUUAGAACAUAUAUAUAUAGAUAACAUAAAAACAAAUCACACAUCAGAAUAUAAAGACGAAGAUAUCACAUUACAAAAUAUGUCACUACAAAAUAAUAUAAAAGAAUUGACAUAUAAUAAUAAAAAUGAUGUUUUUCCUAAUUUUAAUAUAAAUAAUAUUAAAAACUUUACCUUGUUAGAUUUUAUAUUCCAAAUCAAAAAUUAUUUUAAUUAUUAUAAAAUACUUUUAUCUGAUGCAGAAAAAAAAUGUAUACAUUUCUUAAUGCAUGUAAAUUAUAAAACCAAUAAUAAUAUGUACCAUUUUAAUUUAUUUUAUAAUUUAUAUAUAAAAGAUAAUAUUACCAAUUUUAUACAUGAUAAUAAAGUCAUCUAUUAUAUAGAUUAUAUAAAGAAUAAAGAUCUGGAAAAACAAAAAUUUCAUAUGACACACAACUUUUUUAAAGUAGCAAAAAAGGUUUAUACGUUGCAAGCUUGGGUUUGUAAUAACAGCUCGGAUGAUUUAUUCAUCGAUCCAAAUUGUGCAGAAGAUAUGAAUCUCCCAGGUGAUCAUAAUAAAUAUUUUCAUAAAAGAAAAUAUGAGAACAGUUUAUUAGAUAAUAAUUAUUCUUUGAAAAAAAGCAAAAAACAAAAUAUAUCUUACAAGGAUGAGGGAAAGGCAUAUGACAACAUAAUUAAUGAUAAUGUGGAUAAUAUAUAUAAUGUGAAUAAUAAUGAUAAUAUGGAUAAUAUAUAUAAUGUGAAUAAUAAUGAUAAUGUGGAUAAUAUAUAUAAUGUGAAUAAUAAUGAUAAUAUGGAUAAUAUAUAUAAUGUGAAUAAUAAUGAUAAUGUGGAUAAUAUAUAUAAUGUGAAUAAUAAUGAUAAUAUGGAUAAUAUAUAUAAUGUGAAUAAUAAUGAUAAUAUGGAUAAUAUAUAUAAUGUGAAUAAUAAUGAUAAUGUGGAUAAUAUAUAUAAUGUGAAUAAUAAUGAUAAUAUGGAUAAUAUAUAUAAUGUGAAUAAUAAUGAUAAUAAUAACAUUUGUGAUAAUAUGCUAUCUUGUGAAAAAGAAAAAAUUAUUUACGAUUUACAUGAUAUAAUAAAAUUGAAUAAUUCUGUAUUAUCAAAAAUAUAUUGUUCUCACAUAAGGUUAAGUUUUUUUUUCCCUCUCCUGUUUUACAAAACUUAUUAUAUUAAUGAUAUAUUAUCAAGCUCCUUAUUCAUUUAUAGUAAACGAUUUAAAAGUUUUAAAAAAGAAAAUACCACCAAAAUUAUUAAGUUAAUGAAUUUAACAUAUAUGUCUCAUAUUUUUAUUGUAAAGUUUUUAAUCCAAUUAUUAAAAGAAAUUAAAAGUGUACAUCCUAAUAUAUGCUUUAUGAAAAGACAGAAAAUGAAAAAGAAAGAUAUAAAAACAGAAUCAUUAUUUUUUAGUAAAUUCAGUUUUUUUCAAUGUUAUAAAUUAUUAGAAUAUUCCUUAAAAAAGGAUAUACACAUGACUAAUGUCUUUUUAAAUUAUUUAAACAAAAUUAUAUUGCAUUUUUAUGAAAAGAAAAGGGAACAUAUCGUUUUAAGUGUAAUUAUAACUUUGACUAUAUAUAAUUUUUUAAUGUUCAUACAACAAAAAAAAAAAAAACAAAAAGCACAGGAUAAUAAUGAAAAUAUAUGUGAUGAUAACACAAACACGUGUGAUAAUAAUACAAACACGUGUGAUAAUAACACAAACACGUGUGAUAAUAAUACAAACACGUGUGAUAAUAACACAAACACGUGUGAUAAUAACACAAACACGUGUGAUAAUAACACAAACACGUGUGAUAAUAAUACAAACACGUGUGAUAAUAAUAUCAAUAUAGGUGAUAAUAACCAAACCCAUUUACGAGACGAAAAAAAUAAUAUACACCAAGAUGAUUAUCGCUUCAUUGAAGUAAUUGAAAAAUUAAAUAUAAGCGAAAUAUGCAAAGAAAUACAAAACAAUUGUUUAAUAGGUUAUAUAUUAAAAGAAAAUAAUUUUUAUAUUGAUGAAAAUAUUUCUUUUAUUUAUGUUCAUGAUAUAUAUAAUUAUGAAUUAAAAAAUCAUAUGAAAUAUAUCCCACAUAAUAUAAACAAAGAAAUGUUUCUUUUGGGAGAUUUUAAAAAACAUCUUUUUCAAACAGGAAUUUAUAAAAAAGUACAAGUUAUUAAGAUACUUAAAAAAAAUAACAUAAAUAAUUUAUAUACAUCAGAAAUAUUAAAUUAUAUAUAUUAUAAUUCCUUAUAUUUAUUAAUACAUCUUUUAUUAAAUAUACGUUUUUAUUAUAAUAUAUUUCAUAGUACAUAUAAAAAAAAUGCAUAUUAUUAUAAUAAGGAACAUCUCUGUUAUAUAACAAAAAUUCAAAAUGUUCUAAGCAUAAAAUUAAAUAAAAGGACAAAUCAAAGGGAACAAUUUAUUUACGAUAAAAAGGUAUAUAAAAAUGAUUGUAAUGAUAGCGAUAAUCAAAUGGUUGAUGAUGGGGAUAAUCAAAUAUUCAGUGGUUCAAUUCUCUCCAUAUUAAUCAAACUGGAAAAAGCAUCUUACAAUAAUUAUUUGAAAAAAAAAUUAUACAUAAAAAAAUAUUAUAGUAAAUUGAAAAAAGGUAUUAUUAAAAAUUUAAAACAUUACGAACUAGCCAAUAAUAUUAAUAAAUAUAUUAAAAAUGUAAAGGAAGAUAAAUUAUUUUUAGAUACCAUAUUUAAGUUUGAUAAUUCCUCCUUCUUCUUGUUUAAUAUGUCAUUUCAAUUUGUUGAAAGCAUGUCUAAACAAAAUAUGAGAGGUGUGGAAAAUAUAAAAAAAAAUACAAAUAAUCUUCAUUUAGAAAAUUGCAACAAAAUCAAUGACAUCAACAAUAAUAAUAAUAAUAAUAAUUAUGAUUAUAAUUAUGAUGAUGAUAUGUUAUAUAAACAAAAUAACAAUUUCUUUAUGUAUAUUUUCAGCAAAAUAAAAAAUGUAUAUUUAUUUGUUGACGAAAUUAAUAAAAUGGUUUAUAGUAUUAUGCAUAGAGAUUUAAAUAUAUAUAAUACCAUUAUAUAUUCUUUUAAUAUGCAAAAUAUACAUGAUACAAAUAAUUUAUGUAUAAAUUUUUACUUUUAUGAAAUAGAAACAAAUAGGUGUACUGAUAUCCACAUGGGUCAUGUAAACGAUAAUAAAUAUUAUAAUAAUUAUCAGAAUAAGGAUUUAUAUAUGGAUACUCUUAAAAAAAACCCCAAAAUUGAAAAUGACAUAUUUUUUUCAUCGACGAAUCAACUUAAUACUAAUACAAAAAAUAAUACAUGUAACACAAUACAUAAACAUCCAUACUUAUUAUGUAUAUUUAAAUAUAAAGAUUUAAAAGAAGAUGGAAACGAAAAAAAAAAUAACGUUUUAUAUUUUAAUGAGCUCAUAGAUUACAUAAUUUCUAGUAUUAUUGAAACUACUUAUAAGAAGGAAAAAAUUAUUUAUUGGUCUUCAUUUUUAAAUAACCUGAAGAACUAUGCGUUAAUAAACUUUCAUUUGUUAUUUUAUUUAUGUUCAUUGUUAAAAAAAAUUAAUGACAUGAUAAAUGUAAACAAUAAUGAUGAUAAAAAUAAUGAUGAUAAAAAUAAUGAUGAUAAAAACAAUGAUGAUAAAAACAAUGAUGAUAAAAACAAUGAUAAUAAUAAUAAUGAUAAUAAUAAUAAUGAUAAUAAUAAUAAUAAUGAUUAUUUUUAUCAUAAUAACCUUUAUGAUGGUAACCAUUGCAAAUCCAUUCAUAUAAUAAAGAAAAAAAUAAAAAUAUGUAAAGACAUAUAUAUAUUAUACCUAUACAAAAUAGGGCUUUUAUUAAAUAUCAGCAUUUAUGAAACAUUCGACCUAUUAUUUUCAGUUGUUUGUAUAUUAUUUAAUUAUGAGUUUUUUAAUUUUUAUAUGGAAAAAAAAAUUUAUACUUUAGAAGAAAUAAAUAAAGAACAUAUAAAAAAUUUUGUUACAUGUAUAAAAGAAGAAGUACAAUUUUUUAUUACAAAUUAUGAUAUGUCCAUAUUUAUAGAAGGUAUUCAAUAUAUAAGUGAUGCUAUAUUUUUAAAUAAAAAAAUAAAAAUCUUAAUUUUUAAAAGUUAUGCUUUUCUUAAUACCAUUCUUCAUAUAUUACCCUUACGACAAAUCAUAACAGACAUGAAGAAUGUUCCUUAUAUAAAUAAAUUACUAAAUCAAAGAAAAAAAAAAAAAAAACAAAACAAAAAAAAAACAGAACAUUAUUUACAAACAUAUUAUAAUCUAUUUAAAACGUAUAAUACAAAUAUUGAUACACAAUUAUUAUCAAAUGGAAAAAAACAACAAACAGAAAAUAAUUAUAUAAAUGGAAAUAUGCAAAAUUUACAAAAUGUACAAAAUGUACAAAAUGUACAAAAUGUACAAAAUGUACAAAAUGUACAAAAUGUACAAAAUGUACAAAAUGUACAAAAUGUACAAAAUAUACAAAAUGUACAAAGUAUACAAAAUGUACAAAAGAUCAAAACAAAUAAUAAUACAAUUAAUUAUAUAUACAUUUUAUCAAGCGAUUCAGAAAAAUUCAGCGAAUCCUCAACAGAUAUAGAUGUAUUAGAAGACGAUUUAGAUAAUUUUAAAAGCUCACAAAUAGAUGAAAAAAAUAUAGCUAGUCAUAUGAAAGAACAAAAACAAAAUAAAUAUGAAGAGAAAAAAGAUGAUGCAAUAAACAAAAAUGUGUGGAUUUUUAAAAUUUUUAAAUUCUUUUAUUAUAGAUCUUUUAUGUGCUUUUAUAAAAACAAAUCACAAGAGGAACAUUUAUAUGAAAAGAAAAAAUGUUUCUUAUAUUUCUUUUUUCACAAGAAUAAAAAAAAAAAAAUAAAAAAAAUAAAAAAUAAUAAAAUACAAAAAAAAAAUUUAAGCGAACAGAUCUAUUAUUUAAGAAAAAUGUUAUUCAAAAAAUCCAAUUUUGCCAUUAUGUGUAAACAAGCAUAUAUAAUUAAAUGGAUAUGUCUUCGUAUGUUUAUAUUAAAAAAAUAUGAUUAUAAAAGAUUUAAUUUAAUUGAACUAUUUCAAUAUAUAUAUAAAAAAUUACAUUGUAUUAAUAAUAAACAAACAUUUGAAUUUCAUCUUAUAUCAACCGAUAAUUCCUUAAAUCAUUUCGACAGUAUAGACAUUAAAUAUAUAUUUCAUAUUUUUCUUAUUCACAUAAAUAAAAUGAUAAAUUAUUUAACAAAAAAAUAUUAUGAAUUAUGUUCACAAGAAGAAAAAUGUAUUCAGUUUACCAAUAUAAAGCUUAUGUCCAAAAAAGAAAUUAAAAUUUUCAAUUUAUAUAAUCAAAUUAAUAAUAAUAUUAUUUCCUUUAUAAUAUCUUUUUACCCUUAUUUAAUAAAAAAUAUAUUUUCAUAUGAUAUCUUUUACAAAUUAUUUAAUAUAUAUUUUAAUAUGUAUAUAAUAAAUAAACAAACAAAUUAUAUUUCAUUACACUCCUCUAUAUAUCUUAUACUUUUCAUAUUUGUAAAACAUACAAAUACAAGUGUCUACACGAUGUUUUCUUAUUUUACGAGUCUUCAAAAUUAUUUGGAGACAACAAAUUCAUUCCCAUUAUUUGAUUCGUAUUGUUUAAAUUAUGAGGGAGCAAAAUGUCACAUCAGAGAAAGCGUGGAAUAUUUCGUACAAAAUUUGGAUGAAGAAUUUUUCAUAUUCGACGAUAUCAAAAUAAUAUUUGAUGUAAAUUCUAUUUCCUUGUUUUAUCAUAUGUUAAUUAAUAUUUUUCGUUAG